CCGUAGUCUGGGAGCUGACGUGUGUGUGAACUAAGGAAAUCACAUCUGUGUUGGCUGCAGAGAUGUCGGCAGACUGGGAAGAGAUUCGGCGGCUGGCUGCAGACUUUCAGCGAGCCCAGCUCAGCGAUGCAGUGCAAAGGUUGUCCGAGCGUAACUGCAUAGAAAUUGUUGCUAAGUUGAUUGCUGAAAAACAGCUUGAUGUAGUGCAUACUCUUGAUGGGAAGGAAUAUAUUACACCCUCACAGAUAACAAAGGAGAUAAAGGAUGAGCUUCAGUAUCGAGGAGGUCGAGUAAAUAUAGUUGACCUUCAACAGGUGGUAAAUGUUGAUCUUACCCACAUUGAAAGCAGAGCCAAUAAUUUGGCCAAGUUAGAUAAGGGGAUUCAUCUGGUGCUUGGACAGCUUAUGGAUGAAACCUAUCUGGAUCGUAUUGCAGAAGAAGUUAAUGACAAGCUUCAAGAAGCUGGCCAAGUGACGAUAUCAGAACUCUGCAAGGCAUAUGACCUCCCAGGAGACUUUAUAACAGAGUCUUUGGCACUUCGAAUCGAUACGAUCAUUCAAGGAAAAAUUGAUCAAAGCGACAGAGGUGUAAUUUACACAGAAGCAUUUGUGGCACGUCAUAGGGCUCGUAUCCGUGGGCUUUUCACAGCCAUUACAAAACCAAUACCCAUAAGUACUCUGAUUUCUCAUCAUGGCUUUCAGGAGCAUCUUCUUUACUCACUGUUAGAAGAACUUUUCAACUGUGGACGUUUAAAGGGCACUGUGGUUGGUGGGAGACAGGAUAAGGCUGUGUUUAUCCCUGACAUCUAUGCAAGAACACAAAACAAUUGGAUAGAUGCAUUUUUCAAACAAAAUGGUUACCUAGAAUUUGAUUCAUUGUCCAGACUCGGCAUCCCAGACCCAGUUAGUUACAUCAAAAAAAGAUAUAAAUCUGCACAGUUACUAUAUUUAAAAUCAGUGAGUGUUGGCACUGGAAUUGUGGACCAGGUGGAGGCUUCAGUAGAAGAAGCGAUAAACUCAGGAUCAUGGAUAGAUAUAAUGUCCUUACUGCCAAGCUGUUUGUCUAUGGAAGAUGCUAGGAUGCUGCUUCAGCAGGUGAUGAGAACUUUGAACAAACCCUCUACUCGGGUCUUUGGAGACACUAUUGUUGUGAGCGAGAAAUUUGUAAAUGAAUGCUUUGAGUUGUUUGGCCCUCUCAUGCACUGCAAGGCUGAAAAGGAAAUGAAAAAUGGUCCUGUGUUCCUGGUAACAGAAGAAGACCUUAAGCAAACAUCCAUUCUAGAAAGUGCUAUGGGCAAAAAAGACAAAAAGGAAGAUAGACGGAAAAAAACAACAGAGGGCAGUGGAAGCACUAGAGGAGGUGGUUUGGGAAACGCUAGAGAAAUAAAAAUAAAGAAGACAAAAAAGAAAUCAAGAAAGGACGAAGACAGUGAUGAUGAGUCUCAGGCAACCAUCUCAAAUAAACAAAAAGACCGUGAGAUCCCGUUUAUGUCUCUGGAAGAAGUUCAGGAUGUUUUAAGGAAACAUGACCAAGACUGCCCAGAGGACCUCAUCUUUGAGCUUUCUGAAAGCCUAAUUAGGCCUUUAACUAGAAGUUACCAGGAUGUGGUUAGAUCAGUUUUCAUGGCCUCCGCUUCAUCAGCUUCAGGCACCAGCAGAAAACAGACCAUGAAAGAUUUUCAAGAAGAGGUUUCCAACUUAUAUAGUAAUAUUCGAUUGUUUGAAAAAGGAAUCAAACUUUUUACUGAUGAAACACAAAGUAACCUUGCUAAACACUUGUUGAAGACGGUGUGCACAGAUAUAACUAAUCUUAUCUUUAAUUUCCUGGCAUCUGAUUUUAUGAUGGCAGUGGAAGAUUAUACCACUAUUACUAAUGAGGUUCGAAAAAACAUUCUAGGCAAAAUGCAAGAGGAAGCAAAAGCCCCUUUAUCAAAGCUUCAUAGUUCCUUGUCAGGAAAGAGUAUAGAAGAAUUCAUCUCAAGCUUGGAAUCAGCAGCUGACGUGUGUGGUAUUUUAGUGAAAAAAGGAGAUAAGAAGAAAGAAAGACAGAUUUUGUUCCAGCAUCGUCAAGCUCUUAUAGAGCAAGUGAAAACCACGGAAGACCCAGCACUUGUAUUACAUCUGACAUCAGUUUUGCUGUUUCAGUUGAAUACACACUGUAUGCUUCAUGCUCCAGGAAGAUGUGUCCCACAGAUUAUUACUUUCCUCAGCACAAAGAUCCCUGAGGAACAGCAUAGACUUCUUGUCCAGUACCAGAGCCUUGUAGUAAAACAGUUAGUAGGGCAGACAAAACAAAAAGCUGAUGAAGAUAGAGACACAAUGGCAGACUCAGCAGUAGAAACCGAAAAGGAUCCUGAUAUUAUUCGAAAGGAGCUUCACGAGCUAUCAGCGACUAUCAAAGAUCUUGUACUCCGACCUAGAAAAUCCUCAGUCACAGAAGAGUAAAGUUUUUAUACUAGGGACUCUCUUGCUCUUUGUUUAAUUCUUUUUUUUUUAACUGAAAACUCAAUUUUCUUAAAAUAAAAUACGUUUUUGUUAAUUUCUUUUAACAGAAGCUGUUGUAUAAUUAAAAACUGCACAUUUAUACACCAAUUACAGAAAAACAAUUUAUAAUAAAAAAUACAUUCAAUAAUAGCUUUCAUUUAUGUAGUUCUGAUAAGCAUAAAUUGACUAUACCAUUAUUUCCAUAAUUCUAUUAUGUAUGUUAAAAUAAAGAGCAAGUGUAAGCCUCCUCA